AUGUAUCACAGUAACAAUAAUCCCGAAUGUGCUGACAAAACUGAUUCCGGUGUCAUCGGAAAUGUGGCAGCUGAGGAGGAAGAGAAAAGGAACAGCUGUAAAAUGGACUGCAUCAUCUGCUUCUCCAGCUAUAAUCUGUCCAGCCGGCUGCCCCGGAGGCUGUACUGUGGCCACACGUUCUGCCAGGCUUGUAUCAGGAAGCUCGACCUGGUGACCAACGAGCAAAGAUGGAUCCCAUGUCCGCAGUGCCGCCAGAACACUCCAACUCCCCGGAGAGGGGUGGCCAUGCUGGAUCUAGACCUUACCGCAUUCCUAGCAGUCAAAUCAGAAAAAGACAGUCCCCGGUCGGCCAGUAAGGCUUUAGAUUCGGACUCUGAACUCAAAGUAUUUGCAAAAAACGUGCCUGUCAGCCGACAACCAACGGGCAACUUCCAAGAGUCGGUUUCUGAGCCACGAUUUCCCAGAAGGAUUUGCUGUAAGAACUGGUUCUGCUGCUCGUGCUGCGCUUGUAUUUGA